UAGCAUGACAGCUUCCGCCCCGCACAGUGUUUUUAAAGGCCAGGUGUGCGCGCACCGUCGAAUAGAUUGACGCUCCGCGAUUCCUCCGUCGCGAAGGAUCGCGUGCGACCAGCCGACCGCCGCUCGCGAACAUUGUGCCUUGCCUGUCGUCGGCCCCGUCGGAGUGCGUCGCGAGAGAGUGUUGUCUGUGAGAGUGUUCGCCGGGAGAGAUCAGGGAGAGAUCACCCUCUUCUUCUCUUGUGAGCCCUGUGUCUGUCUCUCUUCCUCGCUCCCUGGCGCCGCAUCGCGCGUGCCGUGUCGCUCCCGUUUCUACCCUCGUGAGAGGGAGAGGGAGGGAGGGAGAGAGAGAGAGAGAGAGAGAGAGAGAGAGAGGGAGAGGGAGAGAGAGAGAGAGAGAGAAAGAGAGGACCGACCAUAUCACCCGUGACGGAAAGGUUCGAGGUAAACUUCCUCCUGGGAAUGUUGAGGGACUCGCUUGUCGUUCGAGCGUUCUGCCAAGAGGUGGGGUUCCGGGUACUUAAAGCGUGCGAAUACUGAACGCCUCCAUGAAAUUUUUAACCAGUACGCCACACAGGAGAAGAAUGGCGAGAGGUUCAUGACCGCAUCCGACUUCGUACGCAGUUAUCUUGGCCUUUACACGGAUGCCGAUUACAAUCCCGAUUCUGUCAAUUUACUUGCUGGUAUCGUCGACACUAGCAAAGAUGGGCUUAUAUCGUUUGCCGAAUUUCAAGCCUUCGAAGGUCUCCUCUGUGUACCAGACGCUCUAUACAAAACAGCUUUUCAGCUCUUUGAUACUAAUGGAAAUGGAAUGGUUGCAUUUGACGAGUUCGUUGAGGUGAUGCGGAAAACUGUGCUGCAUCAAAAGAUGCCCUUUAAUAUGGAUAGUAGCUUUAUCAAACUUUACUUUGGGAAGGAUAAGAAGAGGCUGAUCAGCUAUGCGGAGUUCAGUCAAUUUUUGCACGACUUUCACGAGGAGUAUGCGACGGAAGCCUUCAAAAAAUUCGACAAGGACGGCGCAGGUUUCAUUUCCGCAUUAGAUUUUCAAGACAUUAUGCUCAGUAUUAAGAGUCAUCUCCUGACGAAAGACGUGAGAGAUAAUCUGAUCGCUGCAGUCGGCGCCGGCCAGAGCGGGCGAAAAGUCAGCUUCCCGUACUUUAUGGCGUUCAAUUCUCUUUUGAAUAACAUGGAACUUAUCAAACGCAUCUAUUUGAAUGCGACUAACGGCCAUAGAUACCAAGAAGUUACUAAAGAGGAAUUUCUGUAUUCUGCACAAAUGAUGUCCCAGAUAACCCCGUUGGAGGUAGACAUCCUGUUUCAUCUAUGCGACUUGCUUCACCAAACUGGACCUACGGAAGAUGACGAGGCAGAUUCGCGGCUUGGGAAAAUUGUAUACAAUGAUCUCGUGGCUAUUACACCUGAGCAGUAUUUCAAGCAAAUAACAAAACGCGUUGCCGAGAUUAAGGCGGUGUCGAGCCCGGACGAGCGCGGUAUUAUCGUGCAAAUGCUCGAAAGUGGAUAUCGGUUCGUGCUCGGCUCCAUUGGUGGAGCCGUCGGCGCCACGGCCGUAUAUCCGAUCGACUUGGUGAAGACCAGGAUGCAGAAUCAGAGGACCGGGUCCUUCAUAGGCGAGCUGAUGUAUAGGAACAGCUUUGACUGUUGUAAAAAGGUGAUACGGCACGAAGGCUUCUUCGGCCUUUACCGAGGUUUGAUGCCUCAGUUAAUGGGGGUAGCCCCUGAAAAGGCUAUCAAGCUGACGGUCAACGAUUUCGUCAGAGACAAGUUCAUGGAUAAGAACGGAAAUCUACCGGUGUACGGAGAAAUCAUAUCUGGUGCUUGUGCUGGAGCGUCUCAAGUGAUAUUUACUAAUCCGUUGGAGAUAGUGAAGAUCAGACUACAGGUGGCUGGAGAGAUCGCAGGUGGGUCAAAGGUGAGAGCGUGGACUGUCGUCAAGGAGUUAGGUCUUUUUGGACUGUACAAAGGUGCUAGGGCCUGCUUUUUACGAGACGUGCCGUUUAGCGCGAUAUACUUUCCUAUGUACGCUCACACAAAAGCGAGAAUGGCCGACGAAGGUGGUUACAAUACGCCGUUGUCACUUCUCGCUUCCGGUGCGAUCGCCGGCGUACCAGCAGCAGCGUUGGUCACUCCAGCGGACGUAAUAAAGACGAGAUUACAGGUUGUAGCUAGAGAGGGUCAAACCACGUACAACGGGCUGUUGGACUGCGCGAGAAAAAUAUAUAGGGAAGAAGGCGCCAGGGCAUUCUGGAAGGGUGCAACAGCUCGAGUGUUCAGAUCGUCGCCGCAGUUCGGUGUCACUCUUUUCACGUACGAAUUGCUGCAAAGGCUGUUCGUUGUCGACUUUGGAGGAUCUCGACCUGCCGGGUCGGAGCAAAAGGUGCCUACUAUGGGAGUUGCGGACGAGAUUCGAUCAACGAACCCAGAUCACAUAGGUGGCUACCAAGUGGCUUUGCCCAUCUUCACGGGUAUAGAAACCAAGUUCGGUCUUUGCCUACCUAGGUUCCAGGCUGUUACCGGGAAGUAACGGUGCCAUUAGCAGCUGCUAGAAAAAUGAGAGAAAGCAGAAACGAGAAAAAACAAGCUUGUAGCAACCCCUGCCAUAAAAAAGGAAAAAAGCAACCUGCGAGUCGCUCUCCACCGAGCGCGCGUGAAGCGAGCGAGGCGCGAUGCGAGCUUCACGAACUACAAACUUGUGACAGUUCGCUAAAGCGUUCCCAUCUCUUCUCGACGAUCGGCUCGGCCAUUUCGAGUUGGGUACCAAUUGUACAGAUCGGCAGUAAGAAGGAACGGCCGCGUCGGUCCGUUGAACAUGAUGACGCGCGCACGGUCGCAUGCAUGCAUGCGUGGAUGUGUAAAUUUGUAGACCGGUCGAGGGAGAAGUACAAAAUCCGUCGUUGCGGAAUGGAAGGAAUGUUCGUUCGUGAUAACUGAGUCGUCGAUGUCAUAGUCAAUUGAUAAAACACAAACAAAAGGAAAGAAAAGAGACGUAGAGCAGAAAGAAAGGAGGAAGAAACUCGGGGUGGCAUUGAGAAUUAUUUAUUUUGAUACUAUAUAGAUACGUUAUAUCAAAUUUAAUGCCAUCUGCGCGUAAUUAUUUUACAAUGCGAGAGAGAGAGAGAGAGAGAGAGAGAGAGAGAGAGAGAGAGAGAGAGAGAGAGAGAGAGAGAGAGAGAGAGAGAGAGAGAGACAUUUAUCGACGGUUUUGCGUUGUUACCGGCUUGAAACGCGUUUGCCGUCAACGCGUGCGUGUAAGCGACUCAACUGAGUGUAACGCUCGUUAAGUCACAAACGAUUAAACGCCAAUGGACAUGAGUGUGAUGUUCUAGCAGAGAUUAUUAAUUCGCGAUGGGCCCCGUAACGUGUGUACCGGAUAUAAAUAUAUAUUUAUAUAGAUUUUAACGUAAUAUACAUAAAUAUAAAAUAACGAGCGAGUUAGGCCUUUGUAAUUGCGAUUUAUCGUUUAUCUGAAUUCGCCUAUUUGUACAGAGCUGGUGAAGGGAGAAGAGGCGGCAGUAAAUCUGUUUUAAAUCGUCGCAUCGUCGGCCGUAAUUGCGAAGCACUUUAUCGACAAAUAAGAUUCACGCAUAGAGAUGCGUCCACUAUUGAACGACGACGAGAGAGAUAGAGAUAGAGAUAGGGAGGAAAGGCGAGAGAGGGGGGAGGGGGAGAGAGCGAGAACGGGCGGAAUUAUAUCGACACCAUCACCACCAACGUUAUCCAUCCGAAAUGCCAUGGAUUCUAUAUUUACGUCCUGCGGAAUGAAUUAGAAAUGUACAGUACGAAGUUUGCCACAGCAAUGUACAAAGUUUCGAAAGACCGAGUCCUAUAUUUUUAAACAUAACGAAAGUCGCAGCGGGAGCGUUUUCUUUCCGUUCGUGUUUCAGGGCUACUGAAUGAUCGAGGAGAACGAAAGAGGAUGGGAUUUUCGUUCGAUAUUGCGAGAUCAUCGCGAUGACAAUUGAAACGGAUUUAUUGUCAUUCGACGAGCGACACCAGUUCUACAAUUACGCGCGUGAACCGUCGACAUAAGAAUAUCUAGACAGAGUAUUCUAGCAGAGGAAGGUCUAAUUAAUGACAAGGGGAAAGUUAGGUCUCGCACAUAUAUGAACAUGUGUAACUGUAUGCGUCUAUGCGGAAAAAUGUUGUUAACUAAAGAAAGGAAAACAUCGUUUUAUUCAGUUAACCGGAUAUAUAUUAUAGGUUGCCACAAAUAUAAGUAUGAUUACAUAGA